GUUCACACACGUCUCUGCUUUUUUGUGGUGGUUCCAAUGGGCUGAAUUUUCAGAAACAGCUUUUCUGGAAUAUGGACCCACCAUAUCAUAUGGUGACCGUUUUGAAUGAAAUAAUUUUUGUUUUAGUUGAGGCCCCUUCUGAAAGUGAGAGAUGCUUCUCUUUUUCCUCUGGCCACUAAACUUUGUAGCUCUUGUGCUGACGGGUUUUUUUUUUUUCUUUUUUUCUGUUUUUAUUGUGGGGGUGUCUGUAAUCUGAUAUUCGGUUGUUGAAUCACAAGGUUAUGAAGAUUCAAUUGUGAAUUUUUUCGGGUUCUCUUCAGCACCAUUUGCUUGAUUAAGUCUGCUUUGUACAGACAGACCUCUCGUUGGAGUCUUCCCUCAAAAGGGUGAUUUUGCAUUCUCAAGUAUGGCCGAGGAAGAUGGUCUCUGUCCAUCCCGUGAUGGGAAGGGAAUCCCCCUCUGGAUAUUCUUGAAGGAUGCAAGAUUCGCCUUCAAAAUGGAUGAGCUUGGUUUGGAAAUAGCACAAAUUGCAUUUCCAGCAGCACUGGCUCUGGCAGCAGAUCCUAUUGCUUCUCUGGUUGACACAGCAUUCAUUGGCCAGUUAGGUCCAGUGGAACUUGCUGCUGUAGGAGUUUCUAUUGCUGUGUUCAAUCAAGUAUCAAGGAUCGCAAUAUUCCCACUUGUCAGUGUCACAACCUCUUUCGUUGCUGAAGAAGAUACCAUUGGAAUACUGGACUCUGAACCUGAAGUUAGCAACAGUGUGGAAAUGGGCUCAACUGUAAAUGGUGAAACCAAAAAGUUGAUACCAAAGGGUCCUGGUGAGAGACCAUACGAUUCAGAAAUGCAUGGUAGUGGUCAUGAUACGCCAAAGUUUGAGCGUAAAAGGCAUAUCCCAUCAGCCUCAGCUGCACUGGUUGUUGGUGGUAUCCUUGGCCUCAUCCAAGCCAUAUUUCUCAUUUCUGGAGCAAAACCUUUAUUGAACUUCAUGGGAGUCCAUUCUGAUUCCCCUAUGCUAACCCCAGCACAAGAAUACUUGACUCUGAGGUCACUUGGUGCUCCUGCUGUUCUUCUAUCAUUAGCCAUGCAAGGGGUCUUUCGCGGAUUUAAGGAUACAAAAACUCCUCUAUAUGCCACUGUGGCAGGAGACGUAACAAACAUAAUUUUAGACCCGAUAUUUAUGUUUGUUUUCCAUAUGGGUGUCAGUGGUGCAGCCAUUGCCCAUGUUAUAUCUCAGUACAUUAUUUCUGUUAUCCUCUUUUGGAGAUUAAUGCAACAAGUCGAACUCUUACCUCCAAGUACCAAAGUUCUGCGAUUUGGUCGAUUUCUGAAAAAUGGUUUCCUAUUAUUGAUGAGGGUUAUAGCUGUGACAUUCUGUGUGACUCUAGCUGCAUCUUUAGCUGCACGCCAGGGACCAACAUCGAUGGCCGCAUUCCAGGUCUGCUUGCAGGUUUGGUUGGCAACGUCUCUUCUUGCUGAUGGCUUAGCGGUUGCCGGGCAGGCCAUACUUGCAAGCGCAUUUGCUAAACAGGACUACAGCAAGGCCACAGCUGCUGCAUCAAGAGUAUUGCAGUUGGGGUUGGUUCUGGGGUUGGUUCUGUCAUCCAUCCUUGGAACUGGAAUGCAGUCUGCAGCAAAACUGUUCACAAAGGAUCUCAGUGUCCUCCAUCUCAUCAGUAUAGGCAUUCCGUUUGUUGCAGUUACUCAACCUAUCAACUCUCUGGCCUUUGUUUUUGAUGGGGUCAACUUUGGUGCAUCUGAUUUUGCAUAUUCUGCAUAUUCCAUGGUUCUGGUGGCCAUAGUCAGCAUCUUGUGCUUGUUCAUUCUCUCGUCCAGUUUCGGCUUUGUCGGAAUCUGGGUGGCGCUGACCAUCUAUGUGACACUGAGAGCAUUUGCUGGCUUUUGGAGGAUAGGGACUGGGAGCGGACCUUGGAGCUUCCUCAGAAGCUGACUGUGUAAAGCAGCAACUCGGUUUCCAUGGUUUUCUUGUUAUGGAAACUGUUGUUGGAGUUGAAGCCAUUUUUUUCUGUUAUCAUCUUCAUAUAUAUGAUAUUGCUUUUCUUGUUCUUAAUUUGUACAUAUAUAUUCAUAUAUGGAAAGAACUUAAUAGAAGUGCUUUUGAGCGUUCAAAUAUAUGGAAUAAUUACAUA